AUGAAAUAUAACCAGAGUAACAGUGAAAGAAACGAAGAAGGUGAACCUUCUCUACAAGCUAAAAUUUUUGAUAAAUAUCAACUUUUGGCAUAUACAAUUGUUUUAUGUACUUAUAUUACUUGUUUUUGUGAAUAUUUAUAUUUACGAUUAACUUCAAUAUUAAUACCAGAACAUUUUAAAUGGCAUCAAAAAGUUUGUCAAAGGAAUGAAGCUGUUAUUGGGAAAAAUGCUUGGCAUUAUUCUAUAGCUAUAUUAUUAUUUAUUGUUGUAGCAAUUUUUAAAAUAUUAUGUUUUUUUUUACUUACAUUAUCAGAUCCCUUUUUUAAAAAAGAACCUGUUAUUAACCUAAGGCAACGUUUAACAUCAAAACAACAAGAAUUUUUAAAUUUAAAAAUAUGGGUAUUAAAAAUAACUAAUGAUACGAUGUAUCCAACAUUUGGAAUUUAUAUUAUUUGUUCUGUUAUUAUAUUUCUUAUAAGUUAUUAUUUGUUAGGAAUUAAUGAUUCUUUAGAUUCAAAUUUUUCCCAUUAUAACAAUCAUUUACCAUCCUGA